CGACGAGACUACAGUUAGUCAGAAGCUCUUCGGUUUUGUUGAAAUUGACGACGACAAAGAAGAACCCGGAGGUGAAUAUUUUCAUAAACUUCUUUGAGGCCCAGGAGAACCAAAAUUGGAUCUGAGCCGUGCAAGCUGCAAGUACAAGGUAUCCAAGAAUAAAUGGAUCAAAAGACUGCUGCAGACGAUCCACAUGAAGGCUUAAAAGAACCGCCUCCCUUGAUUCAAGGUACUGUCCAUCAGUUACAUCCCAACUACACAGCCUCUAGUGGAUCUAGUAUCAUCGCUCCUGUGAUCACUGAUUCUGUCAGCAACAGCAUCAACAUCAUCAUCUCAAAAGAUCAAGAGUUGCUCUCAUCAAAAGAUGCAUCUAACUCUGCCGCUGCAAGCAAAUGUGAUGCUCCUCAACCACAUCACAUCAUUAAAGAGUGUCAACAGAAACUGAAAGCUGCUCUGAUUAGAAGGUUCAGCCAUUUAGUUGAGGGAAGGAUUCUUGAUGUAAACAAAGUCCUUCUGGAUGAGAUCUACACUAAUCUCUACAUCACUGAAGGGGGGACCAGCGAUGUGAAUAACGAGCACGAGAUGAGAAAAAUUGAGAUGGUGCCCAGGAUGAACGUGACCCAGGAGAAACUGGUCCACUACAAUCAACUCUUCGAUGGUGUGGCAGGACAAGAACAGUCACUCAGAACAGUGGUCACAAGGGGAGUAGCUGGUAUUGGUAAAACCAUUUCUGUAAGUAAAUUUGCUCUGGACUGGGCUGAGGAGAGGGCAAAUAAGAAUCUGGACUUUGUCUUCCCCCUCUCUUUUCGAGAACUGAACCUGAUGAAAAACAAACUGCUCAGUCUGGAAGAGCUCCUUUCUGUAUUUUUCCCGGAAACAAGAGCCACAGGAAUCUUCACAAAUGAUAGCUACAAAAUACUCUUCAUCCUGGAUGGUCUGGAUGAAAGCCACCUGAUGUUGCAAUUCCAAUCUUCUGAAAUCGUAUCGAAUGCCGCACAACAAGCCACGAUUGAUGUGCUCCUGACAAACCUCAUCAGGGGGCGACUCCUUCCUCAUCCGGGGGUAUUUGUUUGGAUAACUUCACGACCAGUAGCUGCCAGUCAGAUCCCAGCGGAGUUAAUCCAUCUAUUGACCGAGGUCCGUGGGUUCAACGGCCCACAGAAAGAUGAAUAUUUUCUGAAGAAAAUAAGAAACAAGAGUGUCGCACUCCAAAUAAUCUCACAUGUGAAAUCCUGCAGAAGCCUUCACAUUAUGUGCCACAUACCAGUCUUCUGCUGGAUGGCAGCAAGUGUCCUUGAGAAGAUGUUCUCAUCCACAAAUAGUAAGGACAUACCAAGGACGCUUACACAAAUGUACCUCCACUUUCUGGCCUUGCAAGUGGAAGACGUGAAACUGAGGGAACACGGAAGGAGAGGGUCAAUUGUUGACUGUGUCAAAGCAGACAUCCUCUCAAUGGGUAAACUUGCCUUCAAACAGCUUGAAAAGCACAACCCGAUCUUCUGUGAAACGGAUCUCCUACAGUAUGGUAUAGACAUCUCACAGGCAUCCAUGUUCUCGAGCAUCUACACACAGAUCUUUAAUAGCGAGCCGAUGUUGUUCAAGGAUAAGAUGUUCUGCUUUGUACACUUGAGUGUUCAGGAAUUCUUUGCUGCAUUGUACGUCUUCAUGAUGUUCAACAACGAUAAUGUCAACAUCUUAAUCAAAAAGACUCCCUUCACAAGAGUCCGCAGUUCUUCAGAGGUCAUCCUCUACAAAAAAGCAGUGAACAAAGCUCUGGACGACGACAGUGGACAUUUUGACAUCUUUCUUCGCUUUCUUUUGGGCCUGUCACUGGAAUCCAACCAGGCUAUCAUGAAACAUCUGAUUACCACCAACAGAACAAACCAAAAGACAAGACCACAGAUCAUUAAAUACAUAAAGGACAAGAUUGGAGCCACUAAACCGACAGACAGAUGUCUCAAUCUCUUCCACUGUCUCAAUGAGCUCAACGACCAAUCUCUUGUAAAAGAGAUUCAGAGAUUUCUCACCUCAGAUGGUCUAUACAUGGUCAAACCUUCACCUGCCCAGUGGGCCACACUGGUCUUUGUGCUGCUGACAUCAGAGGACGCACCGAGUGUGUUUGAACUGAGCAAGUACACCAAAUCAGAAGAAGGACUUCUGCGAUUGCUGCCUGUCCUCAAAGUGGCCAAAGUGGCAAGUCUAAAUGGAUGCAACCUGACAGAGUACUGCUGCCAAACUUUGGGGAACUGCAUCAGUUCCUCCCAAAUCACAGAGCUGGACCUGAGCAACAACAACAUCAAGGAUCCAGGGAUAAAACUGCUCUCUGCUGGACUGAAGAACAGCAAGCUGGAGACACUCAGACUGAGGAGCUGCUCCCUGACGGAGAAAAGCUCAGACACUCUGGCUUCAGUUAUCAGCUCAGCCUCCUGCCAAAUGAAAGUGCUGGACCUGACCGACAACGACCUGCAGGACAUCGGAGUCAAACGGCUUUCUGACUCACUCAGUAGUCCUCUGUGCAAACUGGAAAUACUCCAUUUGUGCUUAUGCAGAGUUGGAGAAGAAAGCUGCAUCCCCCUGGCAGAUGCUCUGAAGUCCUCCAGUCUGAGAGAGCUGGAUCUGAGCUACAACCACCCGGGAAGCUCUGGUUGGAAGCGUCUGUCCGAGCUGCUUGCCGACCCACACUGCCGUCUGCAGAAGCUCAGUGCGGGAUACUGUGGGGAACCCAGGAUUCAUCCACCGCCAAAAAAAUAUACCUGUGAGCUGACACUGGACCCGAACACGGCACACAUGGAUCUUGUUUUGUCACAUGGGAACAAGAAGGCAAUACGGGUCCUGAAGACGUCGUGCCCUGACGACUGUCCGGAGAGGUUUAACUUCUGGAGGCAGGUCCUCUCCAUGGAGCAUCUCACAGGCCACUGUUACUGGGAGACAGAAUGGAGCGGCAAAGUCCUUGUAGGUAUCGCCUACGGAAGGAUGUGCAGGAAAGGAGAGAGUCAUGAAAGCUGGCUGGGCCGGAAUGAUUCCUCAUGGGGCUUGAACUGCAACAAAGAUGCCUACUCUGUGUUACACAAAGGCAAGGAGCUUAAACUACCUGUCAGACCCAGAUCUAAUAAAGUCGGUGUCCAUGUGAACGGGAUGGCAGGGACUGUGUCCUUCUUUGAGGCCUCCCAUGACCCACCAACUCUACUGCACACCUUCUCCAUACCUUUUACUGAGCCUGUGUAUGCUGGGGUUUGGUUUGGUUGGUUGGAUUCCACCGUGCACUUGUGUUAACUAUGAUCUAGACAAGGCAAGGAGUUUCCAAGAAACACUAAUAUGGAGCCUGAAUAAUCUACGUUGAAUGGUCUAUGAUGGUACUGCUCAAUCUUUGUCCUCAGGAGCCAAAAUACUGCACAUUUUGAGCCAAAUCAGGUGUGUUCUGUAAUUCAGUCUGAGUAGAUUGGAGACAAAUGGAAACCAAACAGUACAUUGGGAGAAGGUGGUGGGUUGGGCAUGAAGGGUCAAGACGGUGCAUGUUUUUCUUGCUACACUGAUCACAACUUCAAACUGAGGGGAGGAGCUCCUCUGUAUCAUCUGUGAACAGUUGCGAAGAAAUCCUGCACACUCUUGGCCAUAGAUACUCUCUAUAUAUGGUCUUGAUCCUUCAUACUACACUGCUGCCCAGGGCAUGUAGAAUAUAUAGGUAGAUCUUUAAGUUUUUCGACAGUAUAUUUAAUUUAGCUACGUGAGCCAUUGUGUAAAUAUAAACAUUAGCUCAGGAAUCAGGUUGGGAUAUGACAGCACUGUUUUUGCUGUCCAUUUUCAAUGGACAUUUGACUGCCAUUAUACAGGGUGGUGUGGUAUUCCGUUAGAAAAUGUCAACUUGCCAAGACAUCUAAAUUCCCUAUUAGUGAUUGUAAUUGGCUAAAGCUGGUAGCAUCUCUGAGCCAACAUAAUGUUUGACAGCAGUCACUGGAUGGAAAAAAAAUUAGUACAAUGGGGAAAUUCCAAAAAGCUCUAUGUAGAUGUCAUAGAUUUAUACAUCAGGAAUGUCUCUUGGACCCAACAGUCGCAGAUUCCAAGAUCAUCAGUUAAGUUACAUUGCCUGGAAGAACACUUCCUCAUCUGAGAGGUUGGUUUUUAUGGUCAAGAACAACACAGAAACCACCAUCCCACAGGCCUGCCAUGAAGUGGAAACUACAGAGACACGAGUGUCGGAACACCAUGGACUGAGAGGCUGCCAUCCAAGAAAGAAGCCUCUGAUCCAGAAUGAGCACCUUCGCGCUCAAGUUUGCAGCUGACCACAUCAACACAUAAAAUAAACCUUAUGGACACAACAGCCAGCUAGCUGAAGAACUGUCUGUGUGUAACACUGCAUGGAAUAUUGCUACUCGGAAAGUACAGCAAUAUCCUGCAAUUUACUUGUAAAAACACCUGCUGGGCCAAUCCCUGGGCUGCACAGUUGAAACAGCAUAUCAACACAGGAACCACAUGGUUUUCAGGUCUAAGAGAACAAUGUGAGCGUUAAAGCUAACCAGCUUUAUCACUUUCUGAAAGUUGGACAUGAGAAAAUGUUUAAAACUUCCAUGUAUUUCUGCACGUUCACGCGUCUCACUCAAGGAUCUGUUGGUUGUUCUGCUCAGGCUGCACUUUUUGUUUUACUACACGAUGACAUGGAAUGGCCAAUGUUUUUAAAGGACUUUCCAACAAUACAUUUUAAUCAUGUUUUAAGGUCCUACAAAUGAUAUUCCUAGGGGUGCGCAUAACUGGUACUCAUGUUGUGUGCUAAAAAUCAUUGAUGCACAGCAUACAGCACACAGAGGGAAACACUAUUCCUACAAUCUGUCAUUGCUUUCCUCCUAUGAAGUGCU